ACUGUAAUCCAUAUUUAUUUCUGAAAUUUUUGUGGGUUAUGGAUUUGCUAGAUUUUUUUUUUGUGGAGGGAAAGUAAUAGUAUCUUCCAAGUCAAUGUCAGGUCAAAUAAUCAGUGUCUUCGUUACAAGUUGAGUCACAUUGAAAUGAGAUUUGGACAUUAUAAGCACUGCCCAUCUCGACUCCCGGAUUCACCAUGAGCAAUCUGUGUAGUGUUUAGAGCCUGUAGUGCUUAUAAAUUGUGCCUGCAUAUAUAGCUAAUAAUAAUAUAAUGUGAACAUUUUGCUAAGGGAAAAAGAAAAAUGCAAACGACUAAACGUCAUCUUUCAUAUGCUUUGAAGAAACUUGGUACUGUAAGCUGUCUUUUUUUUACUGUUAUAACAUCGGCUCAUGACCCAAAAUCGUCUGUACUAGUGAGAAUAAUUCAUUGGCCAGUUAUGUGAUUCUGAUCUUGGCCAGCAUUCCUAGACAUCAUCCUUUACUCUGGUCUUCAGUAUAACAAGACGUCAUGAAGUGAUGCUCUCAAAGUUAUCACCUGCACCUGCAGAGGUGGGAGAUCACAAUGGCGCACACGGAAGCUGGAGGAUCACUACCGGUGCCAAAUGUGCAGGCACUUGCACAAACUUACAACAGAUCAGAUGAACAGAUCCCUGAAAGAUACAUCAGGGUGGAAGAGGCCGCUGAGGAGGUUAUCAUUGAUCAUGGUAUCUCUUCUGCAAUUCCAAUCAUUGAUGUCAGCAAGUUGCUGGAUCCGGAUUCAUCAAAAGAGGAGUGUGCGAAGCUUGGAUCUGCCUGUAGGCAGUGGGGCUUCUUUCAGGUCAUAAACCAUGGUGUACCAAAUGAAGUGAUCAGCAACUUCAGGAACGACAUAACUGAAUUCUUCAAACAACCACUGGAAUCAAAGAAGGCUUACUCGAUGAUACCAGGCAACCUUCAAGGAUAUGGCCAGCACUUUGUAGUUUCCGAGAAUCAGAAACUGGAUUGGGCAGACUUGUUCAGUCUGGUGCUCCGGCCAAUAGAUUCAAGGGACAUGAGAUUCUGGCCAAGUCACCCCCCGUCUUUUAGGAACUCCAUAGAUAGGUACUCUUCUGAGGCAGCAAAGCUAGUAUCUUGCUUGCUGAAGUUCCUGGCCGUAGACAUGGGUGUUGAGCCAGAGUCUUUCCUGGGGAUAUUCAGAGGCCAGCCUCAAAGCAUGCGGAUGACCUACUACCCUCCAUGCAGGCAGGCUGACAAGGUAGUGGGCCUGUCACCGCACACUGAUAGAAUGGGACUGACUCUACUGCUCCAAGCAAAUGAUGUUCAGGGGCUGCAGAUCCGAAAGGAUGGCAAGUGGAUCGCUAUAAACGCCCUUGAUGGUGCGUUCAUCGUCAACAUCGGAGACACACUUGAGAUUCUAAGCAAUGGGAGAUACAAAAGCAUUGAGCACAGGGCCAUGGUGCACCCAACCAGGGAGCGCAUGUCAGCGGCAGUGUUCCACGCGGUAUGCCGGGAUGCCACUGUCGGCCCUCUGCCGGAGCUCGUGAAGAAGGAUGGUGAGGCGCGGUACAGCUCAAUGAGCUACAUGGAUUUCGUGAAGCGCUUCUUCACGGCAAAGCUUGGUGGGAGGGGUCACGUCGAGAGCCUGAAGAGUUCAUACUCACGGCAGCACGGGCCCGACGGCUGGAUGGAGUCGCACUCCGCCCCCAAGCCGCACGCGUAGUCCAUGGUCGAUGGGGCCGGCACCGAUGGCUUCGCUGCGGCCUGCUCCUCCAUGUCUCUCGUCUCCAGUCUUGACAUCAGCUGUGUGCGGUGGGUUUGAGGAUGGAGCUAGCCGGGAAGUGCGGGCGCCCGGAUUCUAGCUCGAGCUCGCCGACCAGUUCGGCCACGGCGAGUCGGAGCAGCCAUUUUACAAGAGAAAUCUGCUAUUUGUGAUGUGACCCGAAUAUUUUCAUUUAACCCCUGAUUUGGAUCGAGAUUAAUAAUAUCGAUCCAAAUUAGGGGUUACAUGUAAAAUAUGAUCCCAAUAUUUUAUAAACCCUCUAAUUAGGAUCGCGAUUAAUAGUCGCGAUCCAGUUUAGGGGGUUAUGUGUAAAUUGCGUUACGAACGUUUUCAUAAACACCCCUGGUUUCUUGCAA